CAUUUGAUGACAUUUAAAAUUUAUAUUAAUGAGAAGUGCGGUAAUUUAAAAGGCAAUUCUAAAGGUGUAGGGCUUUUCCAGGUCCCACUGUUGAGCUUAAUUUUCACCCUGCCCCAGCUUACAAAUUUGAUGAUAAUAUCGGAAAAAUUAAAGGAAAUAUAAGAAAUAGAUCUAUGCAUUUAAUUGGGUGUAUUAUGAGGUGUAACUUACAUUGAGGUAUCUUAUAAUGGGGUGUAUUUAAUUAAGAGAGUAAUUUAUAAUGGGGUGUAUUUAAUUAAGGGAGCAUCUUAUAAUGGGGUGUAUUUAAUUAAGGGAGUAUCUUAUAAUGGGGUGUAUUUAAUUGAGGGAGUAAUUUAUAAUGGGGUGUAUUUUAAAUUGAGGGGUUGUGUCUGAAAUAAAGGAAAAACACAUUAUUGACAACUUUUUUACACUUUAUAAAAUUUUUAGUUUAAUAAUCUUCGGUCUUUUUUUCUCUUUUAUUCCUUUUUUAUCCUUUUUUUCUUCUCUUUUCUUUUCCUCUUUUCCUCACAUUUCUUUCCUCCAAAAUGUGAUUGUAAUAAAUCCCAAAGCAUUUACUUUUUUAUUUUCUCUUUGUUUUUCUCUUUCUCUUUUUUUGUUUACAGC